AUGGUUAAGUCGUGGUUACUUAAUACAGUGAAUCAGGAGAUAUAUGAUAACAUCUUGUACUAUGAUGAUGCUGUUGCGAUGUGGAAUGACUUGUACUCUAGGUUUCGAGUAAGUAAUCUCCCAAGGAAGUAUCGGUUAGAGCAGGCUACUGCGACCUUGAAGCAGGGAUCCAUGGAUUUAUCUGCCUACUAUACUAAGAAGAAGACUCUUUGGGAGCAACUGUCUAACACAAGAAUCACCACAGCAAGAAGAUGCAACUGUGAUCAUGUUAAGGAGUUAAUGGAGGAAGCCGAGACUAGUCGUAUCAUUCAGUUUCUCAUGGGACUCAACGAGAAUUUUGCCAAUAUUCGAGGGCCAAUUCUGAACAUGAAGCCUCGUCCCAGCCUUACUGAGAUAUACAGCAUGCUUGACCAGGAUGAAAGCCAGCGAAUUGUAGGAUCUGCUUAA